UUCUCCACGAAGGGCUGGCCCACGCUGAGUGAUGACGUCUCCUCAUUGGGCGGAAGGUUCGGUGGCUGUCGUCGGUGUUCCAGCUGGUGGGAGUUGGCUUCUCGGUGCUGGGCGCUGGGCCCCUGGUGUCUGUAGCUGGGAAGUUGGGCUGCGGGGUCGUCCCUGUCCUUCUGCUUCCAGUGUUCCUGGGUGUCAUUCUGCGGCGCGGGGCCUCGCCACGGACUCGCCGGCCCUGGGGGGGCCACGGCUUUAGUGGUGCCUUUCGCGAGUUCUCUUAAGUACAUCUUAAAACCUUCAAGAUGGUUCUAGCAGAUCUUGGAAGAAAAAUAACAUCAGCAUUACGCUCAUUGAGCAAUGCCACCAUUAUCAAUGAAGAGGUAUUAAAUGCUAUGCUAAAAGAAGUAUGUACAGCAUUAUUGGAAGCAGAUGUUAAUAUUAAACUAGUGAAGCAAUUAAGAGAAAAUGUUAAGUCUGCAAUUGAUCUUGAAGAAAUGGCAUCUGGUCUGAACAAAAGAAAAAUGAUUCAGCAUGCUGUAUUUAAAGAACUUGUAAAGCUUGUAGACCCUGGAGUUAAAGCAUGGACACCGACUAAAGGAAAGCAGAAUGUCAUCAUGUUUGUUGGAUUGCAAGGGAGUGGUAAAACAACAACGUGCUCGAAGUUAGCAUAUUAUUACCAGAGAAAAGGUUGGAAGACUUGUUUGAUAUGUGCAGAUACAUUCAGAGCAGGAGCGUUUGACCAGCUAAAACAGAAUGCCACCAAAGCAAGAAUUCCAUUCUAUGGAAGCUAUACAGAAAUGGAUCCUGUCAUCAUUGCUUCUGAAGGAGUGGAGAAAUUCAAAAAUGAAAAUUUUGAAAUUAUUAUUGUUGAUACAAGUGGUCGGCACAAACAAGAAGAUUCUUUGUUUGAAGAAAUGCUUCAAGUUUCUAAUGCUAUACAACCGGAUAACAUUGUUUAUGUGAUGGAUGCGUCUAUUGGACAGGCUUGUGAAGCCCAGGCAAAGGCUUUUAAAGAUAAAGUAGAUGUAGCUUCAGUAAUAGUGACAAAACUUGAUGGUCAUGCAAAAGGAGGUGGUGCUCUCAGUGCAGUUGCUGCCACAAAAAGUCCAAUUAUUUUCAUUGGUACAGGGGAACAUAUAGAUGACUUUGAACCUUUCAAAACACAGCCUUUUAUCAGCAAACUUCUUGGUAUGGGUGACAUUGAAGGCCUGAUAGACAAAGUCAACGAGUUGAAGCUGGAUGACAACGAGGCACUUAUUGAGAAGCUGAAACAUGGUCAGUUUACAUUGCGAGACAUGUAUGAACAGUUUCAGAAUAUCAUGAAAAUGGGCCCAUUCAGUCAGAUCUUGGGGAUGAUUCCAGGUUUUGGAACAGAUUUUAUGAGCAAAGGAAAUGAGCAGGAGUCGAUGGCAAGACUAAAGAAACUGAUGACAAUAAUGGAUAGCAUGAAUGACCAAGAACUGGACAGUACAGAUGGUGCCAAGGUCUUUAGUAAGCAACCAGGCAGAAUCCAGAGAGUUGCCCGAGGGUCAGGUGUGUCAACAAGAGAUGUCCAAGAGCUUCUGACGCAGUAUACCAAGUUUGCACAGAUGGUGAAAAAGAUGGGUGGUAUCAAAGGACUUUUCAAAGGUGGUGAUAUGUCUAAGAAUGUGAGUCAGUCACAGAUGGCAAAAUUGAAUCAACAAAUGGCCAAAAUGAUGGAUCCACGAGUUCUUCAUCAUAUGGUGUGUGACUUUCUUGGAGAGAAGAUUGCAUCGGUUCUGGGCAUCAGCACCCCAAAAUACCAGUAUGCCAUUGAUGAGUAUUACCGGAUGAAGAAGGAGGAGGAGGAGGAAGAAGAGGAAAAUAGGAUGUCUGAAGAAGCAGAAAGACAAUUCCAGCAAAACAAGAUGCAGGCCGACUCUAUUGUACAGACGGAUCAGCCAGAAACAGUGGUGUCCACCUCAUUUGUGAACGUCAACUUUGAGAUGGAGGAAGACUGUGAAGUAAUUACGGAACGGAAACAGCAGCCAGCUUCAGCCCCACCAUAGGACGAAAUGACGUGUAUUAAGUGUUACACCCUAAACGUCAAUCAAGAACUUUUUACAUUUUGUUUAGUGGGACUGAAAACAACUAUUUAUAUUUUAAAUUAUUAAGGGAAAAAUCUUUCUUCAUUUUUAUGCUCUAUCUAGCACAGUCAGAUCUGAAGUUGGGAUGUUUUGAUUAUGGUAAAUUAGGGGUCACCCCACCCCCGCCUGCCCUGUGCUGGGGAGCAAACCUAGGGCUUCUUUCACACACACUAACCAAGUGCUGUCACUUAGCCCAGUGCUUUGAUUUAAAAAAAAAAAAAUCAUCUUUUAUAAACCAAAAGGACAUUUAGCUAGACGUGAUAACACACACCUUUAAUCCUAGUACUAGGGAGGCCUGUGGUUCUGUGUGAGUUCAAAGCCUACCUGAUCAACAUAGUAAGCUUUAGCCUCGCCAGUGAGAUUCUGUCUCAAAAAACAAAACAAAAACAGAAACUGAAGGCAUUGUACAUUAAAAGGGGAGUUAAAUUGUUCAUUAAGGUUUUUGGAGUGGGGGCAUUUUUUUUUAAAGUAGUGAUAACUCAUCUUUGGAGCUAAUAAUAAUCCUAACAGCCUGAGAGUAAAGUUCCCUGCAUUUCAUGCUUUCCCUUCCGUGCAUGUAACACACCAAAUCGUCACUUCCCACAAGGGUAGGUCAGCGUGUAAUAAAAGCAGCAGGAUGGAAGCACUGUCGAUUGCUUCUUGUUGAGAUUUUUUUUUUUUUUUUUUUUUUUUGAGACAGGGUUCCUCUGUGUAGCCCUGGCUGUCCCAGCUCUGUAGACCAGGCUGGCCUCUAACUCACAGAUCUCCCUGUCUCUGCUCAACCACCACCCGGCUUUGUUGAGAGCAUUUAUGGAAAAGUGCUGAAUGUACUAAAGAUUAAGAAGGUUCUCAUUUCACUACACGUCACUCUCGAAUUUUCAGUAGUUAGUAGCUUGCUCUGAUCACAGAUUAACACUGGUCACUGAAUUUGGAGUUGUAGUUUGGCAUUGGUCCCCAGCGACUGCCCCAUGGCUGGCACCUUGGGUAUGUCAGACUUACCUCUUUCUGCACCACAGGCAGGGUAGCGGGGAGAUGAGGAAUUGGUACCAGGUUGGUCUUGUUCACCAUUUUGAAGUCACAGCCGUGAGCUGGAUCGUUGAUGUGGACCAGAUUCGGCUCUCUCCUUGCUAGGUUAUCCUUUACAAAGUUGUGUAAUAUGAGUGUAAUUUAGGAAAUAUUCCUACAUAUGUGUUCAGAACCUUUUAUCUGUUUAACUUUGAUUUAUAACCAAAUGUGGAUAAAGAGAAAGUGGACAGUGUUCUAGAUGCUGAUCACAGCCUUUAGAAAUUACCUCUUAAACUAGGCUUCUGCCUUCCAUGUGCACAAUGCAAAUGUGGAUGGACGAGCAUGCCAGUGGGCUCUCAGUAGGCUCGCCUGAAAGCCGGAUUUCUAACUGGAUAUUCAAAGUUUGAGUCAAAGUUUCAGUUGGACCGAAAUUUGUAAGGCUCAGCAAGUAUGGAGUCCUCCUUGGAGGUGUGACUGGUGAGCUCCCUUCAAGGGUGCAAACGACGUGACUUAAUCCUUAGAGGUUUAUCCUUAGAUUGUGUAACUAAGGCCGUUAACAGUUACACUCUACUAAAACCCAGUCUUAAGUUGCUCAAACGUGCUGGCCUGACGUCUUCCUCUUGGUGCGGUGUCACCUCAGACACCUGGUCCUGAGGUGAAGGCGGGCCGUGUAAGGCGACCCGUGAGAGCAUCUCUCCAGCAUCUCUCCCGAAGCGCUAGUUCUCAGUUUACACAGCUAGUGAUUACAGUAGGCCGGCCGACCUGCCAAGGCUCCGGGUUCCUCAGUUUACUUUUGCUGCUUGUUGGGCAGUAGCUGGUUUGUGAUGUUUGGAGUUAUUCACUGUGCCUUACGUUUUUAUACUUUGGUUUAUGCAAACUAUAAAAUUUAUUACAAAUGG